AUGGCGGAGGAGAAGAAAGUUAACCCAAUUGGUGUCUGGAACACUGUGAAGCCCUUCGUUAAUGGUGGUGCCUCUGGUAUGCUUGCUACUUGCGUUAUCCAGCCGAUUGACAUGAUCAAGGUGAGGAUUCAACUAGGUCAGGGAUCUGCAGUUAGUGUGACCACGACCAUGUUGAAGAAUGAGGGUGUUGGUGCAUUCUACCAGGGAUUAUCUGCUGGUUUGCUGAGGCAAGCAACUUACACCACUGCUCGUCUUGGAUCAUUCAAGUUGCUGACGGCAAAAGCACUUGAAGGUAACGAAGGGAGGCCACUACCGUUGUAUAAGAAGGCUCUUUGUGGUCUGACAGCUGGAGCGAUUGGGGCUUGCGUUGGAAGUCCAGCCGAUUUAGCCCUCAUUAGAAUGCAAGCGGACAAUACCUUGCCGCUAGCUCAGCGCAGGAACUAUACAAAUGCCUUCCAUGCGCUUUACCGUAUUAGUGCUGAUGAAGGAGUUUUAGCACUUUGGAAAGGCUGUGGGCCCACUGUGGUAAGAGCAAUGGCUUUGAACAUGGGAAUGCUUGCAUCUUAUGAUCAAAGUGCCGAAUAUAUGAGAGGUAGUCUUGGUCUUGGGGAAACAUCUACAGUCGUUGGAGCAAGUGCUGUUUCUGGGUUCUUCGCUGCGGCUUGCAGUCUACCAUUUGACUAUGUCAAAACUCAGAUUCAGAAAAUGCAACCGGAUGCUACGGGAAAAUAUCCGUACACAGGUUCGUUCGACUGUGUGGUUCAAACCUUAAAACAAGGAGGACCUCUGAAAUUCUACACAGGUUUCCCUGUUUACUGUGUCAGGAUCGCUCCUCACGUCAUGAUGACAUGGAUCUUCCUGAACCAGAUUACAAAAAUUCAAAAGAAAAUCGGACUGUGA